GCCGCUGCUCCCUGUCAGGCAGCCGGUUUCCUCUGGCCGGGCCCGCAAGGGCCGUCAUUCCGUGUCCCGGCCGGCGGCCGAGUCCGAGUGUCCUCGCUCAGGGCUGCUGGCCGCUAGCACCGCGCCCUCGCGGGCUGCGUGUCGCUGCUGCCCAGACGCGGGUCAGUCGUGGCUUCUGAGGGACCGGGGUCGCGGCCGGGCCCUCGGCUCCCAGCCGUCUCCCAACUCCUGCCCCCGCCCCGCCCCUGAGGCCCGGUCAUCGGGCUCUCGACGCUCGGUCGCGCGGCCGAUCGACGCCCUCGGCGCUGCGACGGCGGAAGCGAGGGUGCGGGCCGCUGGCCGCCUCGGCGCCGGGCCCUGUCCGUGCGGGCCUGCAGGUCACUUCUGUAGCUGGAUCUUGUUUCUUCAACAAGCACAAUGUCUCGAUCCCGACAGCCCCCUCUUGUGACAGGCAUCUCUCCAAAUGAAGGCAUCCCGUGGACGAAGGUCACGAUUAGAGGAGAAAACCUGGGGACUGGGCCAGCUGACCUCAUAGUACAAAUACAGGGCCUAUUGAAUCUGAGGAACCUUGGUAACUGCUGCAACGGGAUGAGCAAACUGUUCCUCUGGUUCCUUUCCUGCAAACGUGGGCCAUCGUGGCUGUUAUAUGUGUUUGCUCAUCUGGGUCUGACAAUUUGUGGGCAUAAUUGCCUCCUGACAGCAGAGUGGAUGUCUGCAAGUAAAAUCGUGUGUCGAGUGGGACAGGCCAAGAAUGACAGAGGAGACAUUAUCGUCACGACCAAGUCGGGUGGCAGAGGAACCUCCACAGUGUCUUUCAAGCUGCUCAAACCUGAGAAAAUAGGCAUUUUGGAUCAGUCCGCUGUGUGGGUUGAUGAGAUGAAUUACUAUGACAUGCGCACUGACAAGAAUAAAGGGAUUCCUCCCUUGUCCCUGCGUCCUGCCAACCCACUCGGCAUCGAGAUUGAAAAAGGUAAAUUUCCCCAGAAGGACUUAGAAAUGCUGUUCCCUGGAAUGAGUGCUGACUUUACAAGUGAGAACUUUUCCGCUGCCUGGUACCUAAUUGAGAACCACUCCAACACGAGUUUUGAACAGCUCAAAAUGGCGAUCACCCACCUGAAGAGACAGGCUAACAAGAAGAGCGAGGGCAGCCUGGCGUACGUGAAAGGGGGGCUCAGUACUUUCUUUGAGGCACAGGACGCCCUUUCAGCUAUCCAUCAAAAACUAGAAGCGGACGGAACGGAAAAAGUAGAAGGAUCCAUGACGCAGAAACUGGAGAAUGUUCUGAACAGAGCAAGUAACACUGCAGAUACAUUAUUUCAAGAAGUCUUAGGUCGAAAGGACAAGGCAGAUUCCACUAGAAAUGCACUCAAUGUGCUCCAGCGAUUCAAGUUUCUUUUCAACCUCCCUCUAAAUAUUGAAAGGAACAUCCAAAAGGGUGAUUAUGAUGUGGUUAUUAAUGAUUAUGAAAAGGCCAAGUCACUUUUUGGGAAAACAGAGGUGCAAGUUUUCAAGAAAUAUUAUGCUGAAGUAGAAACACGGAUUGAAGCUUUAAGAGAAUUACUUCUGGAGAAGUUGCUUGAGACACCAUCAACUUUACAUGACCAGAAACGUUAUAUAAGGUACCUGUCCGACCUCCACGCGCCUGGCGACCCUGCGUGGCAGUGCAUCGGGGCCCAGCACCGGUGGAUCCUCCAGCUCAUGCACGGCUGCCGGGAGGGCUGCGUGCGGGACCUCAAAGGGCCCCCAGGCCUUCACAGCACCUCGCUGGACCUCGAUGCAGAGGUGCGCGCCUCCACGCCCGGUCACCUCGGGCAGACGGCGUCGCUGAAGAGGGGCAGCAGCUUCCAGCCUGGUCGAGAUGACGCGUGGAGAUGCAAAACUCCCCAUCGGGUGGCAUUUGUUGAAAAAUUGACCAAGCUUGUUUUAAGUCAGCUGCCCAACUUCUGGAAACUCUGGAUUUCAUAUGUUAAUGGAAGCCUUUUCAGCGAGACCGCUGAGAAGUCAGGCCACAUUGAGAGAUCAAAGAAUGUAAGGCAAAGACAAAAUGAUUUUAAGAAAAUGAUCCAGGAAGUCAUGCAGUGUCUGGUGAAGCUGGUCCGUGGGGCCCUACUCCCACUCGGCGCGGCAGAGGGCGGCGGGCGGCAGCUCGGAGGCUGGGAGGGGAAGGCUGAGCUCUCUGGACAGUGGCUGGCUCACGUCAUCCAGACCCUCAGGCUGACGUAUGAAUCGCUGGCCGCCCUUGAGAUCCCUAACGACUUGCUGCAGACCAUCCAGGACCUCAUCUUGGAUCUCCGAGUGCGCUGUGUGGUGGUCACGCUGCAGCGCACAGCUGAAGACAUAAAGAGAUUGGCUGAAAAGGAAGAUUGGGUUGUCGACAGCGAAGGCCUGACAUCUCUACCCUGCCGGUUUGAGCGCUGCGUGGUGCUGUCCCUGCAGUCGUUGCGUGGUGUCCUGGAAUGCAAGCCCGGAGAGGCCAGCGUCUUCCAGCACCCUAAAACCCAAGAGGAGGUUUGCCAACUGAGCAUCAAUAUCAUGCAGGUUUUUAUAUACUGUCUGGAACAGUUGAGCACCAAGCCUGAUGCCGAUGUAGACACUGCACAUCUCUCCGUUGAUGUUUCUUCUCCUGAUUUGUUUGGAAGUAUCCAUGAAGACUUCAGUCUGACUUCUGAACAGCGACUUUUGAUAGUCCUAAGUAAUUGCUGCUACCUAGAACGUCACACCUUCCUAAACAUAGCAGAACAUUUUGAAAAACACAACUUCCAGGGAAUAGAAAAAAUAACACAGGUGAGCAUGGCCUCACUCAAAGAUCUGGACCAGAGGCUGUUUGAAAGCUACAUUGAGCUGAAGGCAGACCCCAUCGUGGGCUCCUUGGAACCUGGCAUUUACGCUGGCUACUUCGACUGGAGGGACUGCCUGCCCCCAACAGGUGUCAGAAACUACUUGAAAGAAGCAUUGGUGAAUAUAAUCGCCGUGCACGCAGAGGUGUUCACUGUCUCCAAGGACCUGGUGCCCCGGGUGCUGUCCAGGGUGGUGGAGGCGGUCUCUGAGGAGCUGAGCCGGCUCAUGCAGUGUGUCUCAUCCUUCAGCAGAAACGGGGCUUUGCAGGCCAGGCUUGAAAUCUGCACCCUGCGGGACACUGUGGCGGCCCACCUGACACUGGAAAGCAGAUCCAGUUUCAAGCAGGCCCUGGAAGCCCUGCCUCAGCUCUCGAGCGGAGCAGACAGAAAGCUGCUGGAGGAGCUGCUGAGCCGGGUCAAGAGUGGCAUGCACCUGCAGCUGGCCUGCUUCCAGGCUGCCCCCCCACCCGCCGUGAAGACGUAGAGCCUCCAGGCGAUGCUCGCUGAGUGCCCACAGUGCUCACGUCGUCAGGCCUUUUCUGUGUGACUCACCCUGAACCCCACGUGGGUCUCCUGCCCCCUCGACCCCUGCACACGUGAGGGGCUGCAGUCGGCGUCUCCUCCAGAACCGGGCGCCCUGCUGCCCACCCGCACCACUUCUCUGGCCUCUCCAGUGUCCUGCCUGGGGGCUCGGGGUCUCUGCUCUGGUGGUGUCUGUGGCACCAGGCACGGGAGCCACCAGUGACACUGUCACCAGAACAGGUCAGGCCGCCGUGUCCUCCCGCAGACUCGGCUUCCCUGACCUGCCUUCGUCACACCAUUUGCUUCAGAAAACUGAGUCAGGUUUUGGCUUGUUCCCCAAGGCCACAGGCCCGUUUCUGACGCUGGCGUUCGUGUAUCUGUACAGGGAGCUCUGAGGUCCUCCGUGGCCAUGUGCUGUGUCCAUCACUUGAAGUCAGUCAGUCUUGUGUUUGUUCGUUUGGGGUCAAGGAAGGUUUUGUCUUGAACAAAACUUAUGAAGAAAUACACUGAAGGUGGAGCUCUCCUAGGCAUGUUCACCCCUGUACCCACUGUGGCUGUAACUCAGAGUACAGAGCCACAGUCCUGAGCAUUUGCCUUAUUUUAAGUGUAUGAUGAAGACCCUUCUUGAGUCAAUAAAGAAUGUGUCUUUAAUACAAGA